CCUUGCCCUCCCUCUUCCAGAAACGUGAUGCCUAAGACCGUGGAGGGGCAGAUCACCAUGGAGAAGACACCGAGUUACUUUGUGACAAAUGAGGCACCCAAGCGCAUCCACUCCAUGGCCAAGGACAUCAAGCUGAUCGUGGUGGUGAGGAACCCCGUGACCAGGGCCAUCUCCGACUACACCCAGACGCUGUCCAAGAAGCCUGAGAUCCCCACCUUCGAGGUGCUGGCCUUCAAAAACCGGACCCUGGGGCUCAUCGACGCCUCCUGGAGCGCCAUCCGCAUCGGCAUCUACGCGCUGCACCUGGAGAGCUGGCUGCAGUACUUCCCCCUGUCCCAGAUCCUCUUCGUCAGCGGCGAGCGGCUCAUCGUGGACCCUGCUGGGGAAAUGGCCAAAGUCCAGGAUUUUCUGGGCCUCACGCGCGUUGUGACUGAGAAGCAUUUCUACUUCAACAAAACCAAGGGGUUCCCCUGCCUCAAGAAGCCGGAAGACAGCAGCGCCCCGAGGUGCUUGGGCAAGAGCAAAGGUCGGACUCACCCCCGCAUCGACCCCGACGUCAUCCACAGGCUGCGCAAGUUCUACAAGCCCUUCAACAUGAUGUUUUACCAGAUGACUGGUCAAGAUUUCCAGUGGGAGCAGGAAGAGGGUGACAAAUAA